CUUAUUUCUAUGACAUGACAAUCUGCUUUACUUCGUCGCAGACUGCAAAAUGCUGGGAUUGAUUUCCAUCACGAAUUGUGUGGGCAAACGUCUUACUACCUGGCAGGAGUAACACGGAGAAAUUGUUAUUAUCCCGACGGAGAGAACUGAGAUAAUCAAACCAAAUCGCUGAGGCCAGAUGCAAGUACCCUAGCAACGCGUGCUGCUCAUCAGGACCGUCACACAGUCAUUAAAGAAUUUAUCAUGUGAUGGUUCCCACGCGCCACCAUUGAUCGUUAAUACUUUUAAUACAACUGGCCUUCUCUUAUCAUUAUCCCCCAUCCCGUGCCCCGAAUUGUUAUUCCCAUCUAUGUUGUAUACCUGUGACCACAAAAGAAAGGAAAUCUCACCCUCAAUAUUUCUCCAGCGUUUUAAAGAUUUAUAUCAGAUAAAAUUUACAUAAAGCAAUUCCACUUAAAAGCGCGAGUUAGGUUAGAGUGGCGAGAUUCCGUAUAUUGUAAAUAUCGGCGCUUUAUUCCGAGGUUGUAAAAUCUGCACAGAGAGAAACGGAGUAUCGAAGAGCACUGACAGAUCGGGACGCUGAAUAGUGUCCAAGGAAGACAUGAAAACAGGUAUCUGACAGCAUCAGACAAAAUGUAUGGUUUUGUGAACUACGCCUUGGAGUUGCUUGUGGUCCGUAAUUUUGGAAAUGAAGCAUGGGAAAACAUCAAGAAAGAGGCGGGCUUGGAAAUGGAAGGUCAUUUUCUGGUACGACAGGUGUACGAAGAUGUUAAAACCUACGACCUGGUUGGUGCAGCCUCCAAGGUCCUUGAAUUGCCAGCUGCUGAUAUCCUUCAAUUCUUCGGAAAAAUGUUUUUUGAGUUCUGUCAAGAGUCCGGAUAUGACAAGAUUCUGCAAGUUCUAGGGGGUACCACUAGGGAUUUUCUACAAAAUUUGGACGCCUUGCACGACCAUCUUGCCACCAUAUAUCCAGGCAUGCGCGCUCCAUCUUUUCGAUGUACAGAAAGGAAGGAGGAUGGGGCUCUAAUUCUUCACUAUUACUCAGAACGUGAUGGACUGGAACCUAUAGUGAUAGGUAUCGUCAAAGAGGUCGCGCAUAAACUUCACGAAUCCGAGGUCGACGUGGAGGUCAUAAACUUCAAGUCAAAAGACUGUGACCACGUGCAAUUUGCCAUUACUCAUAAAGACAAGCAAGCAAAAGAAGUAGAUUCUGUUUCUCCCGGUCACCAUGGUAUGUUUUCUAAAAUGAAGAAAAUCAGCCCUGCUACAUUUUGUCGGGCGUUUCCCUUUCAUUUCAUGUAUGAUCGUAACAUGAUCCUCCGACAGACGGGAUCUUCGUUACAGAGGGUUAUUCCUCAUACAAGUGUGGACAACUGUCGUGUGGAUUCUGUGUUUGAGAUGAUUCGUCCGCAUAUGGAUUUUGAAUUUAACAAUGUACUCUCACACAUUAACACUGUAUACGUGCUGAGAACAAAACAUGGGAUAUUGGAUUCGGAUGGUCUAUAUAUACAAACGAAUUUCACGGAGCACCAUGAUAUUUCGCGGAUGCGAUUAAAAGGACAAAUGAUUUAUGUUCCAGAGUCAGAUAUGAUGUUAUUUCUUUGUUCUCCAAGCGUGACAAAUUUGGACGAUUUGCAUCGUAAGGGUCUCUAUCUAAGCGACAUUCCUCUUCAUGAUGCCACCCGUGACCUCGUGUUGCUGUCCGAACGGUUUGAGGCGGACUAUAAAUUAGCACAGAAUUUGGAGGUACUUAAUGACCAACUACAACAGACCUACCGCGAGCUGGAGGAUGAAAAAGCCAAAACAGACAGAUUGAUGUACUCUAUUUUGCCAAUAUCAGUGGCUAACGAACUACGUCAUCAUCGCCCUGUACCAGCUUCCAAGCAUGAGAAAGUCACCAUCUUAUUCAGUGGCAUCGUGGGAUUCAGCGAAUUCUGUGCUCAACAUUCGGAUGCCGAAGGGGCCAUAAUGAUAAUCAAUCUACUGAAUGAAGUUUACGUUAAGUUUGAUGACUUGCUGAAAACCAAUACAGACGUGUACAAGGUUGAAACUGUUGGAGACAAAUAUAUGGCAGUCAGCGGACUUCCAGAACCUUGUAUUGACCAUGCGCGUUGCAUCGCUAGACUCUCCUUAGAUAUGAUGGACAUUUCCAACCAUCUGAAAGAUCCAUAUGGAAACAAAAUUGUGAUUACAAUAGGCAUUCACUCUGGAGAAGUUGUGACUGGAGUAAUUGGAAAGCGCAUGCCCAGAUAUUGUCUGUUCGGAAACACCGUGAAUCUUACAAGUCGAACGGAAACGACGGGUACCAAGGGCAAAAUCAAUGUGUCAGAAUAUGCCUACAGAUUUCUGACGUCUCCGGAAAAUUUUGAUCCUGAAUUUGAAUUUGAACAUCGAGGACACGUGAAAAUGAAGGGCAAAUCUGAGCCCAUGGAGUGUUACUUCAUGACCAGAAAAGUAGCGAAGAACAAAUAGACGAUGACGUGGUUGCAUAUUUAUUAUAGAACAUAAAUACUUACCUUAUUCAUAUUACAUGUUCAAUAUUUAUUUAGUUUUAAAUUGUUUGAAUUGAUAUUACAUGUAUCUACUUAGAA